AUGGCUGGUGUAUUCGAUUUAGAACUGCAUGAUGUUGAAACUGUAGAAGUAGAUGAUUCAGACGAUGCAAUCGAAAUUGAAGAGGAUGAAUAUGAUCAAAAUCCUAAUAUUAAUGCAAUUGUUGAAUCCGACGAUACCGAAACGGUUCAUCUGACUGAACAAAAUGUGAACCCGGGCCAGGAAAAAACCGGACCCCAAGACUUUGAAUUACGCAAAGUUCUGGGCAAAGGAGGUUAUGGGAAAGUAUUUCAAGUUAGAAAAAUUACGGGGAAAGAUGCCAAUACUGUCUUUGCCAUGAAGGUUCUCCGCAAGGCUUCCAUAGUUAGAAAUCAAAAAGAUACUGCCCAUACGAAAGCAGAACGAAAUAUUUUAGAAGAAGUUAAGCAUCCUUUUAUAGUGGAUUUGAUAUAUGCCUUCCAAACGGGUGGAAAAUUGUACUUAAUUUUAGAAUACCUCAGCGGGGGCGAACUUUUUAUGCAUUUAGAAAGAGAAGGAAUAUUUUUAGAGGAUACCGCUUGCUUUUAUUUAUCCGAAAUCAUUCUCGCCCUAGAACAUUUACAUGGACAAGGAAUUAUUUAUAGAGAUCUAAAGCCUGAAAAUAUUUUACUUGACGCCCACGGUCACGUUAAAUUGACAGAUUUCGGUCUGUGUAAAGAACACGUUAACGAAGGCAUAUUGACUCACACGUUUUGUGGAACUAUUGAAUAUAUGGCACCUGAAAUUUUAACUAGACAUGGCCAUGGAAAAGAGGUUGAUUGGUGGUCGUUGGGAGCAUUGAUGUACGAUAUGUUAACCGGUGCACCUCCGUUUACCGCUGAAAAUAGAAAAAAGACAAUAGAAAAAAUUCUAAAGGGAAAAUUAAACCUUCCGCCUUAUUUGACCGCCGAUGCUCGUGAUUUAGUACGCAAAUUACUAAAGAGGCAGGUUCCUUCGAGGUUGGGGGCUCCUCCCGAUGAUGCAAAUGCUGUCAAACGACAUCAAUUCUUCAAACACAUCGUCUGGGAUGAUGUCCUGAGAAGAAAAUAUGAACCUCCAUUUAAACCAAGUCUUGCUAGUGAUGAUGAUGUCUCUCAGUUUGACACCAGAUUUACAAAACAAACUCCAGUAGAUUCGCCGGACGAAUCGACUCUUAGUGAAAGUGCCAACUUGAUAUUCCAGGGCUUUACCUACAUAGCACCCUCUGUCUUGGAAGAUAUCUAUAAACCAACGAUAGUUAAAGCUCGCUCUCCCCGUAAAGGUUCCUAUCGCCCUCAUUUCGGUUUUACGCCUACUCAUCAUAGUCAUCCCAAUAACCUAGAUCCGAAUUGCAGCUACGUAGCAGGAAUGUCUUCUGCGCACGCUGCGCACUCCAAUCACGUGCCUCCACAUGCUGCACACGGACUUGCGCAUCAUCCACAUGCGCACCAUCAUAACCCGUUUGCGCAACAAGCAGUGUUUAAUAUACCAGCAAAUGCUUGCGCAGACGAGAUGAUGGAAGUCGGCAGCGGACUACCUCAUGUAUAG